CUCAAAGCAAAGUGGAAGAGGGGGAACCCAGAUGGAAUAGGACAAAGAAAGAAUUGAAAAAUAAAAUAUUUCUAUUAAUUCUUUUUUUUAAAUUAUAUAUAAUAUAAAUUUAUUUCAGAUUUCGCAAAAUUUUUUCUAAAAAAAAAGAUAAGGUUUUUAUCUGUAAAGUUAUUUUACAAAGAAUUUCUCUGAAAGAAGUUGAUUUUAUUCAUAACCGGAAAGCAUCAAUGUGUGUAUAUUGCAUGUGACUAAAAAAGAAACAAUUUUUUGUAUGUAUAGACGUCGGUGUAAAACUUCGAAGAUAAACUACAGUUUGGGAGUACAGCACAACUUUUAGUAGCUUUUAGUUUGCUUCUUGACUUUCAAGAAAGAAUUUAUUCUCCAUUGUAUUUUUGUUUUCUUCAUUAUUUCACCAUUAUAAAAUGUCUUAUACUGCCUAUCAGUAUAAAGAAAAUGGUCAUUUUUCAAAUGAUCAAAUUUUAAAUACUAUUAAUAAAUUUGUGACAUUACAAAAAGAUGAUAGAAAAAUAAGUAACGCUCAUAUAGAAAAGGUAAUUAAAGAAGGUAUAAUACCUUUAAUGAGAAGAAAUGAUCCUUUUUUUAAUAAAUUUUUUAAUUCCAUUUUACAUGGAGGUUCCUAUUAUAAAGGAACAAAAGUUGGAAAACCAAAUGAAUAUGAUUUGAAUAUGAUUAUUUUACUGCCGUGGAGACAAGAUACUUUAAACUUUGAAACACCUGAAAAGAAGCCCGGCUACAUCAAAAUACAAUUAACUAAAGAUAGUAAAUUGCAAGAUUGGAAGAAUUAUGAAAAACAGCUCGACAAGAUAAUUAGUCCAAAUAAUUAUUUGGAUCAAAAUAAAUUUCGUGAAUUAAUGGAGUCAAUUUUAUCAAGAAGUUUGCAAACUUUACCAAAUUGUCCAAUUCGCAAAAAUUGGAAACAACUUCAAAUAAGUAACGAAAAUUACAGCAUUUCUUACAAAAAAAGUGGUCCAGCUUUUACAUUUACAAUAAUAUUUUCAAAUAAUCAAGAAAUUGACGUAGAUUUGGUACCUUCUUUGGAAUUUUCUGUUCCUCCACCAAAACGAUAUAAGGGAUUUAAAAAUGAACCAAAAAAUUGGUCAAUUAUUCCAAAACCGCAAAAUGAAGAAAAUGGAAAUUUAAUGUGGAGAAUAAGUUUUUAUAGAGAAGAGAAAGAACGUUUGAAAGGUCCCAUGAAAACAGUGAUUCGAUUAUUAAAAAAACUCAGAGACACGCAACGAAUGCACAAUUUUUGCAGCUAUUUUAUAGAAACAGUUGCAUUGAAUGAAUUAAAAUCAUACGAGAAUGAUUUAAAUUUUAUGAAAUUACCAAUAACAUGCAUUUUUAUGCAUAUGCUUGAAAAAUUACGCGAUGCUGCAAAAAAUCAUAAUAUUCCAUUUUUUUAUAAUAAAAAUAUGAAUUUAUUGGAAAAAAUUUCAUCAAUGGAAAUGAAAAAUUAUGCUGAUAGAUUUGCACAAAUUAUAUUGAAAAUAAAUCAAAAUAUUUCCACAGAUCCUUGUAUUAUUGCAAAGUUUAUUUUAACUCCAGAAGAAUUAAGAAAAUUAAAAGAAGAAUAUUUACCAACUGUUCCGUCGGCAGAGGCACAAGAAAUUACAGAACAAAUUGAGAGAAGCCGUUGUAUCCUUUCUUAAUUAUUUUUUUAUUAUGUAUACAGAAAAAUUGAAAAUUGCCAAAACAAUCAAGAAUAUUGUCGAAGAGAAAAAAAAUUGUUCUACUAUUAAAAAUGAAGAAUUUCUUUUACUUUACAAUCUUAUUACAAGUGAAGCGAAAAAAAUUAAUGAAAUGUUUUUUGAAUUAAAAGAAGAAUUGAAACAUAUAAAUGAUAAUAUGAAAAUUUUAACGGAAAAAAUUAAUGAACUUGAAGCAAAAUCUACAGAUGUGCCAAGUUGUUUGUUAGAUUAAAUUUUUACUAAUCUCAAAAAUAUCAUUUGAAAACAAAUGGUAAGGAUAUUUUUAAUUGUGGCUCUUUAUCAAUUUUAAUUACAUUUUUAAUCUAUUUUUAUCAAUUUUUAAUGUGCUUGAAAUUGUACUUGAAAUAUUUUUGUACAAUUCUUUUAAUAUAAAAAUACAAAUAAAAA